AUGGGGGACGACAGAGGGGACGACAGAGGGGACGGUAGAGGGGAUAAUACCGGGGUUAGAGGGGACAGUACCGGGGUUAGAGGGGUUAAUACCGGGGUUAGAGGGGUUAAUACCGGGGACAGUACCGGGGACAGUAGCGGGGUUAACCUGCAGGCCGACCCGGGCCGGCCCAGUGACGCGCAGCUGUCCUCGGCGGUGACGCGGUGGCUGCUCUGGGACCAGAACCCGUGGACCCGGGCUCAGGUGGAGUCUCUGGUGGCGGCGGGUCGUCUGGACGACCUGAAGACGAGACUCUGCAGCCGGAUGAGCUUCGGAACGGCCGGACUCAGAGCGCCGAUGGGAGCUGGAUUCAACCGGAUCAACGACCUCACCGUCAUCCAGUCCACACAGGGUCUCCAUUCCUACCUGUGCAAGUGCUUUGCAGACCUCGGCAGCAGAGGAGUGGUGGUUGGCUUCGACACCAGAGGACAGGAGGCCAGCGGCUGCAGCAGUCACAGGUUGGCGAAGUUGACGGCGGCGGUGAUGCUCAGCAGAGACGUUCCAGUUCAUCUCUUCUCCACGUUCGUCCCAACGCCGUACGUGCCGUAUGCGGUGAAGAAGCUCGGUGCUGCAGCCGGAGUGAUGAUCACCGCCUCACACAAUCCUAAAGACGACAACGGAUACAAGGUGUACUGGUGUAACGGCGCUCAGAUCUCCCCACCUCACGAUAAGAAUAUCCUGCAGAGUAUUGAGGAGCAGCUGGAGCCCUGGAGCGCCUCCUGCUGGGAGGAGGAUCUGGUGGAGAGCUGCUCCCUGAGGACCGACCCCCUGAUCCAGAUCAACAGCUGCUACAUGGACGAGCUCUCCUCCCUCUGCUUCCACAGGGAUCUGAACAGAAGCUGUCCGUUGAAGUUUGUCCACUCGUCGUUCCAUGGCGUCGGACACGUCUUUGUCCAGCAGGCCUUCUCUGCAUUUGGCUUUGCUCCACCGAUCCCCGUCCCCGAGCAGAAAGACCCCGAUCCCAACUUCUCCUCCGUCCGCUGCCCCAACCCCGAGGAGGGAGUGCCGGUCCUGGAGCUUUCUCUUCUUCUGGCAGAGCGGGAAAACGCUCGUAUCGUCCUGGCGACGGAUCCCGACGCCGACCGGCUGGCUGUUGCAGAGAAGUCUGACGGGUGCGGUUGGAAGGUGUUCACAGGUAACGAGCUGGCGGCUCUGCUGGGUUGGUGGAUGUUCUUUAACUGGAAGGAGGCUCAUCCGGAUCCUGCAGACACCCAGAAGGUUUACAUGUUGGCCACCACCGUGUCCUCCAAGAUCCUGCAGACCUUCGCUCGCAUCGAGGGCUUCAACUUCGAGGAAACUCUUCCUGGGUUUAAGUGGAUCGGUAGCAGAAUACAUGAACUCUCCAAAACGGGACACAGCGUCAUAUUUGCCUUUGAGGAGUCGAUUGGUUUCCUGUGCGGUAGUUUGGUUCCUGAGAAAGACGGCGUGAGCUCGGCGGCGGUCGUGGCUGAAAUGGCUGCUUACCUCCAGAACCAGAAUCUGAGUCUGAACCAGCAGCUGCUCAACAUCUACCAGACGUACGGCCACCACGUGUCUCAGACCUCCUACGUGGUCUGUAGCGACCCCCCAACCAUCCAGAACAUCUUCGGCCGGAUCAGAAACUUUGACGGUGAAGCUUCGUACCCGAAGACGUGCGGAGGCGUCCGGAUCGUCCAUGUCAGAGACGUAACCACGGGAUACGACAGCAGCCGGCCCGACCUCAGAUCAGUACUUCCUGUGACGAGGAGCAGUCACAUGAUCACCUUCACUCUGCAGAACGGCGUCGUGGCAACGCUGAGGACCAGCGGCACCGAACCCAAAAUCAAGUUCUACACCGAGUACUGCGCUGCGCCGGGCAACAGCGAGGCUUCCGUUCUGGAGGCGGAGCUUCGGAGGAUCACCAGCGCUCUGCUGGACGAGUUCCUGGAGCCCGAGAGGAACAACCUUAUUCGCCGCUGCGUCUAGCCCCGCCUCCCUUGGAGCAGUUUCCUGUUGAUGAUGUCACAUCCUGUCGUGGCUGUAGACGAAUCAGAGCCGCUGCUUCUCUCUGUGGUGAGGUUAAAGAAAAGGUCAAUAGAGAUCAGUGUUUAUUCCAUGUGUCCUUCAUACAGCAGAGAGCAUGAUGGGUAACCAAAGAGAGCUCAUAUGUUCAGUUUGAUUGGUUAUCAAAGACCAGUAUUAAUAAAUGUAUUUUCAUAGAAGUGAUGCAUACAAAGAGUUUGAAAAAAGCUUUAAAGCUGUGAACUGUGAAGACUUGAAUCCGUUUGUCUUUAUGGAAGUUCAUUAAGGACAGAGACUUCCUGUACGGUGGCCUGCUGCUGACAAAAAAAUAUAUAUAUAUAUAUAUAUAUAUAUGUGUUCUUAUAACAAAUCACUUUAUUUAGUCUCAUCAAUAAACAAACACAUAAUCAAUCAGUUAUGAGAUAGUUAUGAAUGCUGUCCAAACAUUUCUUUCUUUAAUGAUAUUUAGAUUAUUGAGAUGAAGAAACGGUCAUUUGAUUUCGUUUUCUUCUUAUUCUUCAGUGGUUUAAUGUUUUUCUCCUAAUUAUCAAAUAACAUCAGCUGAUGAUAACAAACGUUAAUUCAAAAACUUUUAUUUCUCAACAUUUUGUUCAAAUCAACUCAAAGUAAACUGCUGCUUUAAGUAUUAUUUCAAUAAAAUGCAAGUAUUAUUUCAAUAUUAUUUAAGUAUUAUUUAAUUAUUAUUUAAGUAUAAUUUAAGUAUUAUUUAAGUAUUAUCUAAUUAUUAUUUAGGUAUUAUUUAAGUAUUUUAAAGUGUCAAAGCACAAGUAGAAAUACAAAGUUUACACCACUGAAGAAGAAGAGACUGUUUUACAUUAUCUAGUUUUGAGUCUGGAGCUCUCUGAUUGGACAGUUGUACAGCAAUGCACUCUGGGACUUGGAGUAGACUUUCUUUCUUUCUUUACUCGGUAGUUAUUGAACCUAUUUGUGGAUGGAUCCAUUAGUCAGCUGACUGAACAUCUUUUUGAUGGAUUCUCUUUAUUUCAAACAUUUCAUGAGUCAUUUGAAGAAGCCGAGUCGAACGUUCUUCUUCGUGUGUAGUUCAUCUUUAAUGAACUUCCAUAACAGACGGUCAGCUGUUUCUCUUUGAUGUUUAGCUGAAUGUUAACGUUUCCUUCACGCUGUGAUGUUUCUUAUUUUUAUACUCUGAUUUCAAAGGUAUUUAUGUUCACGUCGUCGUGGUAACGGAUGGUUCAGCUGCAUGUUUUACAUCUGUUUCUCAGUUUGGUUGUUUGGACGGAGGACAGAGUGAGACCUCUGUUUGUUUUCACCUUCACUGCUCCAAUAAAACAGAAUAAAUCUGUAAA